CUCACCGUGCUCGAGCUGCUGCCGCUCGUUGGGUGUUCGCGCGGUUGCUGCUGCCGGGGGCGGGCGGGCGGGCAUCAACGGUCGGGCGCGCAGGACACCGGCAGCACGAGAGCCCGGGGACCGACCCACCCUCCCAACGACCGGCGGGAACGGACGCGGGGGAGCCGGCGCGAGACAUCCAGCCCGACCGGCGAUCGGGCCCGGCGACACCGGCGUGAGAGGCCGGGACCGAACCAGAACCAGGCCGGCGAGCGGGCCCGAGACCCCGGACUCCACCGACCGGCGAACGGGCCCGAACACACUCGGCGUCCCAGCCAUGGACAUCAUCAAAAGCGGCUGGUUCACCGAGACCUCCACACUAUGGCCGGGCCAAGCCAUGUCCCUGGAGGUGGAAGAGGUCCUCUACCAUCAGAAAUCUCCCUUCCAGGACGUGGUGGUCUUCAAAAGCAAAACCUAUGGUAAUGUCUUGGUGCUGGAUGGUGUGAUACAGUGCACUGAAAGGGAUGAGUUUGCAUACCAAGAAAUGAUCGUAAAUUUGACACUCUGCAGCCAUCCUAAUCCGAAAAAGGUCCUCAUAAUUGGUGGUGGUGAUGGUGGAGUAUUGCGCGAAGUUGUGAAACAUUCCACUGUAGAGUCUGUAGCACAGUGUGAAAUCGACGAGGAUGUAAUCAAAGUUUCCAAAAAGUACCUUCCUGGUAUGGCGGUGGGUUUCUCAAGCCCAAAGUUAAAACUCCACGUUGGGGAUGGCUUUGAGUUCAUGAAGGAGAACCAGGAUGCAUUUGAUGUAAUUAUUACUGAUUCCUCAGAUCCAGUAGGUCCUGCUGAGAAUCUAUUUCAGGAAUCUUACUAUCAACUGAUGAAGUAUGCGUUGCGUGAAGGUGGAAUCCUCGGUGCUCAAGGUGAAUGUCAGUGGCUGCACCUUGAGCUUAUAAAGGAGAUGCAGAGGUUCUGUAAGUCCUUGUUUCCAGUGGUUGAAUAUGCAUACAGCACAAUACCAACGUAUCCCAGUGGGCAGAUCGGCUUCAUGCUGUGCAGUAAAAAUCCUGAAACAAAUUUUCGUGAGCCUGUGCGGCAGCUGUCAGCUGGAGAAGUGAAUAGGAUGCAACUAAAAUACUACAAUGCAGAAAUGCAUCGGGCUGCAUUUGUUCUUCCAGAGUUUGCUAGAAAGGCUCUUAAUGGGGAAUAAAAGUAAUUCCAAUGCUUGCUGUUCACUACCAUCAGUACUGGAAUGUGUUGAAAAAUACUAUAGUCGAUUUAUAGUGGAGCUGUAACCUACCAUCCAGCUUAUUAACCCUCUCCUGUCUUCAGGGAGGAAACCUGUAAUUGGACUGCUCAGGAGACUAGAAAAUAAUGAUGCUAAAUAGAAGAUUGAAUUUCAGUAGCUUUUUAAAGACCACCUGCCUUGUGAUUUCUACCAAAACAUUUGGGUGGUUUCUUGUGGAGUUGGUCAAGUAUACUGUGGACUUCCUGAACCUUGUGUAGUCAGCUGAUUAAUCAGUAAGCUGGAUUUGUAGAUGCUUCACAUGACGGUGGAUUGCUGAAACCUUAAUCAGUGAUGGUUCUAGACUGGAAAAGAUUAAAAAAUUUUAACAAAAAACUAAAUAAAAAUGCAAUCAUCUAAUGU